CGUGUCCGGUGGUUGUUAUUAAGUGUUGUCAUCUUCAAACAUGACAAUGGCCAAUUUAAUUCGUUCCUUGGUCGUCGUCUGCACAGCUAUCCAGCUAUGCAGUGGAACAUAUUUCUGGUCCAAGCCACGGUGCGGAGGGACUGCAGUGUCUUCAAGUACCAUAACUUCGGCUUCCGUUAGGUCUUCGUCGACAAGCAAUUUCUGUACUUUGGACAAGGCGAAACAAAUUGAAUAUCUAAAAUCCCAACUGAGCAAACCCGUUUCCUGUGACGAUGAAGACAGCGCAGAACUAAACGUGGACAGUCGAGAAGAACUGAACGCCAGGGAUCACCAAUCUAUGUUCAAGCUAAAAGCACACAUCAAGGGUCGCGUUUUAAACAAAAUUUACGAGAGAAAUUUGAAAAAGAACGUUGUAAACGCCAAAACCAACAGGCUGUUAAGAUCGGGUGGUUUCAAAGCAAACGUGAGAAACAAGUUCGUUGCAACCCGGUCAUUAAGGGGAGCGCUUAAGACAAAUUACCGACAGACCAGCAGUGUAAUAAGCACCAGUAACAUAGUUGGCGUUGCCGGUAUGUUCCUGAAUUUGCCUCAAGGAUACGUGGCAAAAACAACGACCACAACGGUUACCAACUUGAUACCCGAGACCCGGGCUUACCGUUUAGGACUUAUAAGCACUACGUCGGUCAACUCGGGCACUGGGACAUAUUUAACCGGCGAUGGUGACGGCAGUUCUGACGGUAACGUGGACAUUAGCUCGGCCAACGCCUUAAGAUCUACCGUUAACGGUGGUUACGGUAGUACUACAAAUGUCAAAGAUGGACUUACAAUUCACAAUACUAAUGUAAGAAGUGCCCAGUCAAAUGGUAAUUUGUAUACAAGUUCACCAAUAGUGAAAGAUGGUCUCUCGCAACAGCAACAACGAAAACUAGAUAUCAUUAACCGCCGAGCUGUGCGUGGUUCCACAACGCCAGGAAGCACAUAUGUUAACGAUAAGAAACAAGUGGAUAUUCGAAUCCGCAAUGGUCAGUUAAAAAAGCCAGUGCACGACCCGGUUGGCGGAUCUAACAGUAAUGGAGAAGAUAAUUGUGGAAUGACGGCCCCAGCGAAAAAGACGGUUCCGAAGAAAAAUGCAAUGAACAACCCGAGGAGACAUCUAAAGAAUGUGAUGGCGAAGACUCUGAAGACGGUGGAAAGUUACAAAAAGCUGCGUUGA